AUGAUUAGUAAACGUUUACUUCAUUGUACCGGAAUUCUCAAUGCUGUAAGAAAGCCUGCAUUCAAUAUCAAAUCAAUUAUUAACAAACUUGAUGAAUACACUGACUCGAUCAACUCUAGGGAAUUGGUGAAUGGAGAACAACUAAGUAGUAGUUUGAAAGAAAUUCCACAACUCUAUGGAGAGCUUAAGGAGAUCGACUAUAAGAUAUCUCACAUCCAACAAACUCGUAAAGGUAUUGAACAGCAAGUAAAACAAGACAAGUCCACGGCUAAGGAAUAUGGUCUUGAGCUCAAAUCCUUAAAGAAACAAUACCAAGAUCUAGUAGAUGCACAAAGACGCAUUAAAGAUGUGGUUACCGAAACUUGCGGUUCUCUUCCCAACUUAAUGCAUCCUACCGUGCCAAAAACCGGAAGCCCUAUCAUUGAUCAGUGGAUCAAUAAGAAAGACAAAUACAUUGCAGAUGAGUCCCGCGAGCACUUAAAUAUAAUGGUAAGGAAAGAAAUGAUAGACUUUCAAACAGCUUCAAAUGUUACGGGGUCUUCUUGGUACUACCUUUGCAACGAUGGGGCGUUAUUGGAACAAGCAUUAGUACGGUACGCAACAGAUAAAGCACGUAAAUGUGGAUUCCGUGUAGUAAUUCCACCAAGUGUGGUGCGUAACGAGGUUAUAGAUGCAUGUGGCUUUAGACCAAGAGAUAUGAAUGACGAGCAGCAAAUAUACCGUUUAGAAAAUACUGAUCUAGGCUUAACGGCAACAGCCGAAAUUGCAUUGGCCGGAAUGGGAUUAAACUCUACCCUUGAUCUUUCCCAGGGACCAAAAAAGCUCUGUGGUGUCAAUAGGGCUUACAGAGCAGAAGCUGGUGCCCGUGGUAAGGAUACUAAAGGUCUUUAUCGUGUGCACGAAUUUACUAAAGUUGAAUUGUUCGUAUGGUCCAAGCCUGACGAAAGUGACAAGAUCCUAGAAGAUCUCAAGCAAUUCCAAAUCGACAUAGUCAAGGAUCUAAAUCUAAGUGCGCAAGUACUCAACAUGCCUUCAAACGAUCUUGGAUCACCGGCUUACAAAAAAUAUGAUAUCGAAGCUUGGAUGCCCGGUAGAGGCUCAUUUGGUGAAAUCACAAGUACUUCGAAUUGUACCGACUUCCAAAGCAGAAGAAUGCAGACAAGAUUCAGAAACGAACAGGGGGAAUUAGAGUAUGUUCAUACUCUAAACGGAACUGCAAUUGCCGUUCCUAGGGUCAUCUUAGCCUUAGUAGAAAACCAUUACGAUUCAACCACGGAUAAGAUUGCCAUUCCUCCAGCCUUACAGCCAUACAUGAACAACGUUGCAUAUAUAUAG